AUGCGGAAGAAAGAGCUCUGCACGGCGGCGAUUCGGUCGUUCCCGGAAUCGACAGAGCAGGAAGACUCGUCCGACGAUGAUCUCAGGCCGGACUUCACACUGGUAUCGCGGACGGGGGACAUGAUACUGGAGGUCAGCGACGAGAGCGGGAAAGAGACAUUCUACUAUCGGGUCAAGUCAAGCUGUCUCCGCGAUGCGUCGGCGUACUUUGCGAACCUGCUGGGCCACAAGUUCAGCGAAGGCGCUAAGCUUGCCGCAGCGCACACCAAUCUGAGUCGAUUGUAUCCCAGCAUCGGAGUGGCACCACUGGACGAACUACCGCGUGUCGCUGUGUCGGACAUGGGAAGAAUCUCGAAAGUUAGCACCAUCAAGAACAUCAUGGCCGACUUCCUCAGAGUACUACAUGGCCUGGACCUCCACGCGCCGAGCCACUCGCUCAGUCCUCCUGUGCAGAACCUCGCCAACCUCGCGAUAGUCGCGGACCGCUUCGAUGCGUUGCCGUUCUUCUCACGAUACAUUCAUCGGCGGGGGUUUCUUCAGACAAUGGAUGGCAGGGCGAGGGUCAAGGCGGCUGUAAACCUAUCCGAGGAGAAGGUGCGGCAGAAGCUGAUGCUUGGUCUGCUCCUGGACUACGGACCUUGGGUGACUACAUACAGCAAGAGGCUUCUUAUAAGUGGAUCUGUGCGGUGGAGGGAUCAAUGGGUGGAUGACCCCAACGGUGCGCUGUGGUGGGACCUUCCCUACGGAGUGGAAGACGAGCUCAUCUACCGCCGCGAGUGUGUCCUGGAGACUAUCGACUCGCUGCAGUCGCACUUUACAAAGCUCUACACGUCCGGCGAGCGACAAUGCAAGCUCGGCUACGACUCCUCCAGCCAGUGCGACUCCUUCCAACUGGGCGAGAUGAUUCGCUUCUUCACCCGCCUGGGCACAAUCCGCUUGCGGAGCACAAUCUACGACGUGGAGAGCCCGGAGCACUACAACGGCGACAUUGACCGCCUGAUCGACACCUUCCGCCAGUGUCCUUCUUACCAGGUCAAUGGGCAUCACGCGCAUUGUGGGCUUCGCUCACGGAUCCUCCCCUUGCUGGAUCUCAUACAGAACCAGCUUAGCCUGGACACCGGAAGUCUGGACAUCGGCAUCUGCGCCGACUGCUGGCAGCACCACAGAGCGGAGUAUGCCUGGAGCGAAGCCAAGCGUCCCCUGAUGUGGAACCGGUCAAGACUGACCGCUGUAAGGAAGGGAUUGCAGCAAGGGCAGCAGGGUAAUUGCUGCCUCGCGAGGCAUAUCAAUAUGAGGGAAAUGUUCACGGCUGUGGAGAGGGACUGGACGGCUAAAGAAGCUUACUGA